GGGUGGUAUCGAAACAAAAGUAUCGAGUACAUACUCGUAAUUACUUGUAUCGGACAUUUGUAACUUCGAUUUACUCGUAUCGUUUCAUCCUUACAAGAGAACCGGCUAAAAAAGUGUAUAAAGGUGUUCGAAUUUUAAAACUUUUUAGUCAUGUCGUAUCAAUAUCACCAAAUAGCCAAUUUGUUGGAAAAGAUGACUUCCAGCGACAAAGAUUUUCGUUUUAUGGCGACAAAUGAUUUGAUGACGGAAUUACAAAAGGAUAGUAUUAAGCUUGACGACGAGUCUGAGAAAAAGGUUGUACGUAUGGUUUUGAAACUUCUCGAGGAUAAAAACGGCGAAGUCCAAAAUUUAGCGGUAAAGUGCUUAGGCCCAUUAGUGAUCAAAGUGAAAGAAAGUCAAGUCGAGACUAUUGUUGAUACUCUUUGUUUGAAUAUGAUAUCAAAUGUAGAACAGCUCCGGGAUAUUUCUAGUAUUGGACUUAAAACAGUUAUAUUGGAACUCCCACAAGCACCGAAUUCUUUAGCGCCAAAUGUAUGUCGCAGAAUAACUGGAAAACUCAACAGCGCAAUAGAGAAGGUACUUAAUUCAUGACAUUUGCAUUCACGAUGUAACGAACAGGGUCACGCGUUCCGCAAACGGCUAGUUUGGUUUUUGCCGAGGGUUGACUUUAGUGUACAUCGACAUGUGUGUGUUUUAGCAAAACUAUAACGAAUUUUUUCAUAAAUUCUCCCUUAUUUCACUUUUUGGGUGGGGUUUAGUAGCGUUCACAACUAUUUACGGCUAUUCCGUCCAAAGGGGUUGCCCGGCCAAAAAAAAAUUCCGCACUGUAGUCUAGGGUCUACGCAUUAUUUUAACUCUCACUUUUGUAAAUUUUGGUCACUAAUUUAUUUACAAAUUGGGUUUGAAAUAUGCCCUUUUUUGUAAAAUUUGGA